AUGUCCCAAAUUAAUGACUUAAUACGGGUAAUGAAAGGGCUUCGUCAAGUUGUUGAAGCAGGACUUAAAUUACAGCAGGAGAGUUCUAGCUUAAUAUGGAAUAACUCGAGCUUUAAGCCAUACUUUCAAAACUGUACAACUAACCCCUUUAACAGCAAAGUAUAUCCAGACGUACCUAAAGACUUAGUUGAUAGAGCAUUUGUUGUAUUUCAUGGAAUAAGACAAUAUGCCCUAAUGCAUAUACCAAAUUUUAAUCCUAGUAUUAAGAAAAGUAGCAUGGAUCCUGAAUUGCAAGAUGAGAUUGAACAGUUAAAUAGGGAGUUUGAUAAAACAUUUGAGACUUUGAAGAGGAAACAAAAUGACGAAAACUCAAUCUUAGCAUCUGGGGAUAUUACUGUGCCACUGGAAAAAUUGAAGUCACAAGCAGAGAGAUUAAAACUAAAAGCUAUUGACACACCGAAGGUAAUGCUGCCUUCUGCAGUGGAUGUAGAAAAUAAUAUCACCAAUAUAGAACAGAGUAGAGUUCCAGUUUUAAAACCAGUAGCCAAGAAGAAGUUAAAAGUAUUUCUCAAUGAACAUUCAAGAGCUCGUGUGGUGCCUUCAUCCCGCAUUGGGCGUAUGAUAUCAUUUGGCUCAUUAGCUGCAGGCCUGGGUGUGGGAACAGUAGCACAAUAUGCAAGAAAUACACUUCAGUCUGUCACAGGCAAGACUGACGAUACAGUCAAUGCGUUUUUGUCACCUGCAAACGCAGAAAGAAUUGUUGACACACUUUGCAAAGUUAGAGGUGCAGCUUUGAAAUUGGGCCAACUUUUGAGUAUACAAGAUGAGUCAAUGAUACCAUCAGAUUUACAAAAAAUAUUUGAGCGUGUACGUCAAUCUGCUGACUUCAUGCCAACAUGGCAGGUUGAGAAAGUAAUGUCGUCGCAAUUAGGUCUCGAUUGGCGCAGCCGUGUUCAAUACUUUGAGGAAAAACCAUUUGCAGCAGCAUCAAUAGGACAAGUACAUUUAGCGAUGUUGCACAAUGGCAGAGAAGUUGCCAUGAAAGUGCAGUAUCCAGGAGUAGCAAAAGGAAUUAAUAGUGACAUAGACAACCUCGUUGGAGUACUUAAGGUAUGGAAUUUGUUUCCAAAGGGUAUGUUUAUAGACAAUAUUGUGGAGGUUGCAAAGAAAGAGUUAGCUUGGGAAGUGGAUUAUAUCCGUGAAGCGGAGUGUACAAGAAAAUUCAAAAGACUCCUGGCGCCGUAUCCGGAAUAUUACGUGCCGGAAGUUAUAGAUGACCUGUGUGCACCAGAAGUGAUGACUACAGAGUUAAUAGAAGGGCAACCAAUUGACAAGCUAUUCAAUGCUGACCUUGAAACAAGAAUGGACAUUGCCUACAAAAUUAUGCAACUUUGCUUGCGGGAAAUGUUUGUAUUACGUUGUAUGCAGACUGACCCAAACUGGGCAAAUUUCUUUUAUAACACCAACACUAAACAGGUUAUUUUAUUGGAUUUUGGAGCCACACGCGAAUACUCCAAGGGCUUCAUGGACCAAUAUAUUGAGAUAAUACACGCGGCCUCAGAAGGUGACCGUGAUGCCAUCUUGCGCAUGUCAAGGGAAAUGAAAUUCCUUACUGGAUACGAGUCAAAGAUCAUGGAAGAAACGCAUGUAGACACGGUUAUGAUAAUGGGGGAGAUUUUUACCACGGCUAGUACAGAUGGUUUCGACUUUGGCUCCCAAAAUACGACAAAACGCAUACAAUCGCUCGUACCAACAAUAUUAACGCACAGGCUGUGUCCGCCUCCAGAAGAAAUAUACUCGUUACAUAGAAAACUAUCGGGUGUUUUCUUAUUAUGCUCAAAAUUAAAAGUUAAAAUGAACUGUCGAGAUAUGUUCCAAGAUAUCUACCGACAGUACAAAAAUAAUGAUUUUAAUUAA